GGUUAGUUGUGAGCCUUCUGGGCCACCAUCCCGGAAGUGGAGCGGGGAGGAAGAAGGAGAGAGGUCGGUAGCUAGAAUUCUCACCGGGGAUCCCGGCUGAUUGCUUUUUGCUGGGAGCUUUCUUUGGGGCCUGUCAUUCCUUCUUCUCUGCGGAUGUGACAUGUAUUGACCGAUGCGGUCGUACCAGCUUGAGCAACAGUAAAGUAGAGGAAUUCUACUUCUUCCAUGAGCCAGAGCCAUAGGUGGCAAGGGGCCACCCGCAACUCCUGAAGAGACCCUUCAGGGCCUCAGUGGGGAUCCCCCCAACCCCAAUUUUGGGUAGCCUGCACUCGUGUUUUCUUUUGGCAGUAAUCGAGACUGGCUAUGACUUGGUCUGUUAGUGCCCAAUCAUGGCCCAGCGGGCGAUUUGGCUGGUGAGCCACGAACCAGGAACCCCGCAUAGUGGGACCGUGAGAUUCUCCAGAAGGUAUCCCACUGUUGAAAAACGAGCUAAAACAUUCAAUGGAUCAAGUUAUGUGCCUGUACCAGAAGAUGAGCCCUUCUGUAAAGCUCUGCUUUUUGAACUCAGGUUAUUGGACGAUGAUAAGGACUUUGUGGAGAGCCGUGAUAGCUGUUCACGAAUCAGCAAAGCUUCAGUCUAUGGACUUCCCGUAGGAGGAAGAGAACUGUGGCCUGUUCUUGCCCUUCAAAAAAAUGGCUUGAUUUAUGUUAGUAUUCCACUAGUUGAGCAAGCUUUGUCUACUCAUCCACCACUCAUUAGCAUUAGUGGAAUCUCACAAGCCUUUGAUCUACUUUUUGGGAUGAUUGAUUUUUUUGACUCUGGGCCCAAGACUGAAGCUGAUCUGAGUACCAAAGUGAGCCAACUACCUGAUCUGCUCUUACAUAUUUGUCCAUUUGGCACUUUGUUGGAUGCCAACUUUUUAUUAGAUAAUUUUAGUAAUCUUUCAGUAAAUCAAAUCCCCAAACAACCAGCAUGGAAAGCUGGUAGUUACAAAGGAAAGCCACAAGUUACUGUUUCUGUCACUGAAAAAGUUAAAUCCAUGCAAUAUGAUAAGCGGGAUGUAGCAGACAUGUGGCAAGUCUAUGGAACUAUAACCUGUAAGUGUGAUUUGGAAGGAGUCAUGCCAAAUGUUACGGUCAGUUUGAAUCUCCCCACCAAUGGAUCUCCACUUCAAGAUAUUCUGGUACAUCCUUGUGUGACUUCCCUUGAUUCUGCUGUUCUUACUUCCAGCAGCGUUGAUAUAAUGGAUGAUUCUGCAUUUAGUGGGCCUUACAAAUUUCCAUUCACUCCUCCUUUAGAGUCAUUCCACUUAUGCUACUAUACAUCUCAGGUUCCUGUCCCACCAAUUUUGGGAUUUUAUCAACUGAAGGAAGAAGAUUCACAAUUAAAAAUAACCAUCCAUUUAAAACUUCACGAAAGUGUGAAAAAUUAUUUUGAGUACUGUGAAGCUCAUAUACCUUUUUAUAACAGAGGUCCAAUCACCCAUUUGGAAUACAAGGCCAGUUUUGGCCAGGUAGAAGUAUUACGAGAGAAAAGCCUAUUAGUCUGGAUUAUAGGUGAGUUUCUUUUCCCUCUUUUUUUCUAUUACAGGUGUCUGUUAAUUUGGAAUGAUUGGUUAACGAUAUUUCUAUUUUCAGGGCAAAAAUUCCCCAAAUCACUGGAAAUUAGUCUUUCUGGAACAGUAAACUUCAAUGCUAUGGGUCAUCAAAAGCAACCAGUUGACACUAUUUGCAUUGGAGGUACAACUUAUGUAAAACUUUAUUUUAGGAUUCCAGAUUACACACUCACUGGGUGUUAUGCAGAUCAGCAUUCAGUUCAAGUGUUUGCAUCAGGAAAACCUAAAAUCACCACAUAUAGAAAUCCUGAAGUAACAGGAAAAAGGAGAAACAGAGGGAAUAAAAUCAUAACUUGAGAGGUAUAAAAGAUUCUUGGAUCAGGAAUUACAAAAUUGCAAAAAAAAAAAAACUGUAUAAUGAUGAUAACAGAAAAUUGGGCACUGCAUGAACAAAAGUGAAUCAGUCUCUUUUAGUUGGCUGGUUUUGCUUUCUUUCUGUAUUAUUCAUCUUUUCUUAAAGAUGUACUUCCAUCUCUAACAUCUCUGAUUUGCUUCAAGGUACAGUUUAAGUGCCACCUCUAAGCCUUUCCUAAUCCCCCGUGCUGCUUAUGCUUCCCUCUCCAAAGUUAUCUUUAAUUCAUUUGUACAUAUUUCAUAUAUGUACAUCUUGCCAUCUCCAUUAGAUUGGAAGCUCCUUGAGGGCAGAGACUGCUUUUUGACUCUUUUUGUAUGCCCAGUGCCUGGCAUAUAGUAGGCAUGUAGCAAAAUGAAGUGAAUUGUUUAACUUUAAUCUUUGUAGAGCCAGCACAUAUAGUAAACCUUUAAUAAAUAAUUGGUUUUUGAUUGGCUUCAGAGAAAGUUGAUCACUAAGUGUGCUGAAUUUUUUGUUGUUAGAGAUAAGUCAUAGAUACUAAGGAAAACUAUUUUGGAAGGCACUGGUGGUAGUUGACAAACAGCAUUAAAGAUUGUAUAAUACUUGAUGAUGAAUUGGGCCUAAUUGACUCCAUGUCUAAAACAUUUUAAGUAUUCACUAACUUAAAUAAUUAAAAUAGAUUGAAAAAUAGUUUUCAGACAUAUGUCUUGAUAAUAAGUGACCAAUUUAGCACAACCCUGUCAUAAUAUUAAAGUAAAUGGAACCAGUUUUUAAAAAGGACCAUCAUAUACAAACCAGUUUCCUUCCAUAAUUAGUUUCUAAAUAGUUGCCAUAACAGUAACAAUUAUUACUCAUUCUUUGACCAUUAUGGGCUAUAACCAUAUUAGAAUAUUUAAAAGUUACAAUAUAGUUAGGCGAGCAGUAAUCCUACUACUAUGGUAUUCUUUAGUUACAAGGAAUGAAGAAAAAUGUUAAUUAUACUUGCCUAAGAAAAGUUGCAAAAUUGAAUUUUGCAAAUGUAGAAAGGAUGAAAUUUAAUUUUUUUUAGGGGACUAGCAAAAGUUCCUGUGAGAAUAACUUUGUAACAAGUAAUCAGAAGAUUAUUUUAGCUGGGAUAUUUUAAGUGAAAGAGAAGGCAUCAAGCUCAGAAUAAGGGAUACUAAUUAUGAAGUUGCAGUAGUAAAAAUGAAAACUGAUACAAGUAUAAGUAAGGAUUUUUCUAUGAGGGUGAGAGGUUAGAAGUAGAAUAUACAUGCUAAGGAAAAUGGCAGGAUUUGGCAUAGCAAGUGUAAGGAAUAUUUGAAUAAUACCUUAUAAGCUAAAAAUAAGCAGAUUAAUCAGUGAAUAUUAAAAUUUUUACCACUUCUAGAGUAUUAUGAUGGUUGAUGGCAUAUUAACAUAUUGAUAAAUAACAUCAGUAAGAUAUAUAUAUAUGUAUGUAUGUAUGAAUUUUGUUGAAAUUAUUUUCAAAUGGUAUUGGUAUCAUUUUCACAGUCAACUUCAUAAAAGAAUUUGUGCUAUUAAAGAAUGUAUAACAUGUUUCUUGUUUCCU